GGGGCAGGGCAAGGCGAGGAAGCGGAAGUGGUGGUAGCGGCGCGGGACGCAGGCGUGUUUCGGCCCCACGUGUGCGAGUUGCUAUGAUGGAAGUCAAAGGAAGAAAAAAAUUCACAGGAAAGGGUACAAAGCCAUCACAAGAAACAAGCAGAUUUCAUAAAAGCAGCGAUUCUGGUUCUUCAAAGACGUUCCCAGGAAAAGUUGUCAAGGAAGGUGGACCUAAAGUCCCAUCUAAGAACUUUGAGAAAAGUGCCACAAAACCUGGGAAGAAGGGUGUGAAGCAGUUCAAGAAUAAGCAGCAAGGGGAUAAAGUACCAAAGAACAAAUUCCAGCCGGCCAGUAAAUUCAACAAGAAGAGAAAAUUCCAGCCGAACAGUACAAGUGAUGAAUCAGCCGCCAAGAAACCCAAAUGGGAUGAUUUCAAAAAGAAGAAGAAAGAGCUGAAGCAGAGCAGACAACUCAGUGACAAAACCAACUAUGACAUUGUCGUCCGGGCAAAGCAGAUUUGGGAGCUCUUAAGAAGAAAAGACUGUGACAAAGAAAAAAGAGUGAAGUUGAUGAGCGAUUUGCAGAAGUUGAUUCAGGGGAAAAUUAAAACUAUUGCCUUUGCACACGACUCCACGCGCGUGAUCCAGUGCUACAUCCAGUACGGAAAUGCAGAGCAGAGAAAAGAGGCUUUCGAAGAAUUGCGAGAUAAUUUGGUUGAAUUGAGUAAAGCCAAAUAUUCCAGAAAUGUUGUUAAGAAAUUUCUCAUGUAUGGGAGCAAACCACAGAUUGCAGAGAUCAUCCGCAGUUUCAGAGGCCACGUGAGGAAGAUGCUGCGGCACGCGGAAGCCUCAGCCAUUGUCGAGUACGCCUACAACGACAAAGCCAUUCUGGAGCAGAGGAACCUGCUGACGGAGGAGCUCUAUGGAAACACGUUUCAGCUCUACAAGUCAGCAGAUCACCCAACCCUGGACAAAGUAUUGGAGGCACAGCCAGCAAAACUGGAGCUUAUCAUAGAUGAAAUGAAACAGAUUCUAAUGCCAAUGGCCCAAAAGGAAGCUGUGAUUAAGCACUCUUUAGUACAUAAAGUGUUCCUGGACUUUUUUACCUAUGCACCCCCAAAACUAAGAUCGGAGAUGAUCGAAGCCAUCCGAGAAGCGGUGGUGUACCUGGCUCACACCCACGACGGUGCCAGAGUAGCCAUGCACUGCCUGUGGCACGGCACCCCCAAGGAUAGGAAAGUGAUUGUGAAAACUAUGAAAACUUAUGUUGAAAAAGUGGCUAAUGGCCAAUACUCCCAUCUGGUUUUACUGGCAGCAUUUGAUUGCAUUGACGAUACUAAGCUUGUGAAGCAGAUCAUCGUAUCAGAAAUUAUCAGCUCCUUGCCUAAGAUAGUAAAUGACAAAUACGGAAGGAAGGUCCUGUUGUAUUUACUGAGCCCCAGAGAUCCCGCACAUACGGUGCGAGAAAUCAUUGAAGUUCUGCAGAAAGGAGAUGGAAACGCACACAGUAAGAAAGAUCCAGAGACCCGCCGGCGUGAGCUCUUAGAGGCCAUCUCCCCAGCUUUGUUAAGCUACCUGCAAGGACACGCCCGAGAGAUGGUGCUGGAUAAGUCUGCCUGUGUGCUGGUGACCAACAUCCUGGGGUCUGUCCUUGGAGACGUCCAGCCUGCCAUGAACACCAUUGCCAGCUUGGCAGCCGGGGAGCUGCGUCCUGGCGGCCGGGACAGAGAGCUUCACACUGCAGAACAUCCUGCAGGACAUCUGGUUCUGAAGUGGCUCAUAGAGCAAGAUGGAAAGAUGAGAGAGAGCGGAAGAGAAGGUUGUUUUGCGAAAACACUGGUGGAGCAUGUUGGGAUGAAGAAUCUGAAGUCCUGGGCUAGCGUGAACCGGGGUGCCAUUGUCCUCUCUAGCCUUGUCCAGAGUUCUGAUCAAGAAGUUGCAAGCAAAGUCAAAGCUGGACUGAAAAGCCUCCUUCCCAUGCUGGAAAAGACCAGACACGCUAGCAAAGGAAUCGAAGCGCUGCUGGAGAAAUUGGCGGCCUAGGCAGAACAGUUCCGACCUAGA